CAAAGCUGCAGUCCACGAAUCAAGUAGCAUUACAUGAAUUUAAUGUAUUACUGAAGGUAUUACAAACCCAGAGUUAAGGAUGUCGGACAGAGGAGAAGUAGAUUUGACUGGGGCAAAACAGAAUACGGGCGUCUGGUUAGUAAAGGUACCCAAAUACUUGUCUCAGCAAUGGGCGAAAGCAACAGGAAGGGGCGAAGUCGGAAAGCUCCGAAUCGACAAGAAUCAAGGAAAAACAGAGGUAUCAUUCACUUUGAAUGAGGAGCUAACUACUAUUGACAGCAUGGGACAGAAGUCCUCAAUGAUCCGCGCGCCGCGUGAACACCCGUUCACCAUGCAGACCGUAGGAGGCCAGACUCUCGCCGUGUUCACGGAAACCUCAUCGGGCCAAUCAGAAGCUGACGGAGGCAGCUCAGGUACAGGUACGGGCCCAGACAAAAUUGCCCUCGAGGGUGUCGUGGUUCAACGGGCGGAGUGCAGAGCAGCAGGCAGUGAGAACUACAUGAAACUUAAAAGGUUACAGAUCGAGGAGUCGUCCAAGCCUCAUCGUUUCUCUCAGCAGCUGGAAAAGGCCGUCACCACCAACUACAAACCCGUCGCCAACCACGCCUAUAAUCUGGACUAUGAGAAGAAGAAGAAGGAGGAGGGGAAAAGAGCGAGGGCUGACAAGCAGCAGGUGUUGGACAUGCUGUUUUCUGCCUUCGAGAAACAUCAGUAUUACAACAUCAAAGACCUGGUGGACAUCACCAAGCAACCUGUGAUUUACUUAAAGGAGAUUCUGCGUGACAUUGGCAUUUACAACGUCAAGGGCACCCACAAGAACACGUGGGAGCUGAGGCCAGAAUACCGACAUUACCAGGGAGAGGAGAAAAGCGACUGAGUUGUAGUAGCGUUCGCAACAACUCGGGCGCCAGGCGGUUUUAAAAACCCCCCAAACACCCGAGAGUCACCCAGAUUUCCGUCAUUCCCGGCCUGACUGUCUCUCUCUCUCUCUCUCUCACUCUCACUCGCUCACAGACGCUUCACGUGCUUUCGCCGUCUUUUAAAUGUCCCUCGUUAUCUUCUCCUCUCAGGAGGAGUCAUACGUAUCUUCACGACCUUCGCAGACGACGAUAAGGACGCCUGCGUGUCAAGCGCAGUUUUUUUUUUUCUUUUUUUAGAAACCGGACGCUCUCUGGCAGUCUGUAUUUGGCAGGGUCUUGGAACGUUAUAGAAUAGAUUUCAGAUAAGAUGCGGUACUCGACCCUUCCCCCAACCUACGACUGCAUUCCCUGGUCGAAAUUUUUCACGUUCAUUUUAUCUGAAACGGAGGCACCACCAAGCGUUAGGCGUGAUGGAUCUUUUUUUUUUUUUAAGGUUUGUCUGAGUGAGAGCGAGAUGAAACGUGGGGUGUUUGUAAGGUUUGCACCAAGACUGGUCUCUUUUAAACCUGAAUGGGAGCUUGUGUCUGAUUCUAAGGACGAGGCUUAGAAACGUCGACGCCCCUGUCUCUACAGGCCCUG